UCAAAAUUUCGAAGAGCGGAGACUGCACCAAGUAUUUACCAAGAAGUCUCAGGCGAUACACGUGUUUCAUUUGAGUCGGAAGACCUUUGCGAAAACAAAAACAAAACGUGAAGUGUUAUUCAAAAACUUCUUAAUGACUGCUUUCGUUCAAAGUAACCAGGAACAGCUACGAUGAAGCGGUCAGACUCGCCAAUAAUAUCGGCUGAAGAAUUGUCAAACCAAUUGAGUGGCAGCCUACCAGCAUAUAUCAGUCCUGAAGAUGUAAACAAAUACCCUCAAGUGACUCACCUUUUGGAGGACUUAACCCACCGACUCACACCAACGGGUAUGAAUAAGAGCACAUACUCUGUUCUUGCUCAAGCAACACAUAGUAUGAAACAAGCCAGGCAGAAAUGUUUGGAAGUUUCAACAUUGCACCGCCUCAUUCAGGAUGUACUUUAUCAAGCUGAGGCAGAGAAAGAAAAAGGGCAGAACAUGAAAGAAAUGCAAGAAGCUCUUACUUUAUCAGAGCUACAGGAUCACAUACUUCUUGUUAGCCCCAAAAAUGCAUAUGAUGAACAGGAACAACAGUACACUUUUGGUGUCACUCAAGACUUGGUUCUUGCACGUGCAGCAACAACUGUGUCUAAAAAACACAUUGGAGAACUUGCUAAUGCUCUAGAAUUGCAACUUGAACAUGAAUGGGUUAGAAUAGCAGUAUUCCAUAAUCCUAUUGGUUUUCUCAGCUACAAUCCGGAUGAAGUAGCAAAGAUCCCGGAAGAGCUCGAGAACACUCACAGGAAGAUGGUCAGUGACAGGAAUAAACUGAUGCACAGCAUCACUCAAACUGAUUUUUUGUUUCAGCAGGUUCAUGGUCUCCUACUUGAGUACGGGAGUAUUUUGAAGAGCCUCAUGUCCAAGCAGAGACUGUCCCACUACCCAGCCCAGCAUGUUGAGAGUCUGAACAUUAUCCUGGGUGCACAGCUGUUGAAGCUGAAAUGUAUUGAACUGGAGAUUUUAGUGGAUACAUACACAAGUCAGUCAGUUCCUGCACUGAAGACAAUCCACUCACAUGCAAAAGAGAGAACAGCAGAUGCUGAGCGCAGUCUUGCUAGACUCAGGCAUGAACUGAGUGGUUACAGUGGACUUGACCCAAAAUUUCAGGCUUUGCUGAAGGAGUAUGCCAAGUUACAGCAAGACAUACAGUUCUGCAAGAUGUCAGAAUAAUUUGCUUUGAAAUUAUGAUUGAAAAGAGUUAUGAUACUUUAUAGCAAGAAUAAAUUUGGAAUUAGAUGACAAAUUAUACUGUUUGAAUUUAUGUUA